AUGAAGUUUUUUCUCUUAAUUGCUCUCUGCUCUUUCUCUACGGUCUCUGCUCUUGCAUCUGCUCCUCUGGAAGGACUCCUCUCAAAUGGCAACUUUGAAGAGGAACCAAAGCCCACUGACAUCAAGAAAACAGUGCUCCAAGGCAAAAAUGCACUGCCCAAAUGGGAAAUCAAUGGCUUAGUUGAGUACAUUUCCGGCGGGCCACAACCUGGCGGAAUGUACUUCGCCGUCCCUCACGGUAUCCACGCCGUGAGGCUCGGGAACGAGGCCUCGAUUUCCCAAACAAUCCCGGUCAAGAAUGGGACAUUAUAUGCACUCACAUUUAGUGCAUCAAGAACUUGUGCGCAAGAUGAGGUGUUGAGGGUUUCUGUUCCUCCUCAAUCAGGAGACCUUCCUCUACAGACUCUGUACAGCAGCAAUGGUGGAGAUACUUAUGCCUGGGGAUUCAUAGCCAAAUCUGUUUCUGUGAAGGUUAUUUUUCACAAUCCUGGAAAGCAAGAAGAUCCUGCUUGUGGGCCUCUCUUGGAUGCUGUUGCUAUCAAAGAACUUUCCCCUCCGAAGCCCACUAAAGGAAACUUGGUCAAGAAUAAUGGUUUUGAGGAGGGUCCUCAUCGCUUGUUCAACUCUUCCCAUGGUGUCCUGCUGCCUCCCAAACAGGAAGAUCUUACAUCCCCACUUCCUGGCUGGAUUAUCGAAUCACUCAAGGCUGUAAAAUUCAUAGACUCGAAGCAUUUUAACGUCCCUUUUGGACGUGCAGCAGUAGAACUUGUCGCAGGCAGAGAGAGCGCCAUUGCCCAAAUCAUCAGGACAGUCCCCAACAAGGUCUAUAAUCUUUCAUUCACUGUAGGAGAUACAAAGAAUGGUUGCCAUGGAUCGAUGAUGAUUGAAGCAUUUGCUGCUAAAGUUACCAUGAAAGCACCCUUCAAGUCGGAAGGAAAGGGGAAUUUUGAGACAUUCAGUUUCCAGUUCAAAGCAGAAUCAUUCAGGACCAGAUUAACUUUCUUCAGCUCUUUUUAUCACACCAAGAUCAAUGACUUUGGAACUCUUUGUGGCCCUGUUCUUGAUGAAGUUAUUGUAUCUGCAGCUGCUAAGAUUUAA